UCAGCUUCUGCGUCCGCUAUUGGGGCAGAUGGCUGCCCGUCAGUGCCGUCACCUGGCAUCGGGGGCGGGCUGCUCCGGGAAAAUCCACGCCGGCAUCCGGACAGGCGGGUUCCGGUGCUGGCAAGACCUUCAUCCCUUCCAGCCGUUUAGAGAAUUGUGCCAGAUACGAGGAGGGAUGGGGAACGUCAGAAGCCAGUUGGGGCAGAAGUUUUGUUCCCAGUUUCUCCCUGAGGAGCAGGCCGAGAUUGAUAGACUGUUUGAUGCUCUGUCAUCGGAGAAGCACAGCUCAGACACCUCGCCCCGAUCCUUCUCUCUGAAGGCGCUAAAGAGCCACAUUGGGGAAGCUCUUCCCCUGGAGAUGGUCACCAGACUGUAUGAUGGCAUGAGGAGGGUCGACCUGAUGGGGAAGGCAAAGGGGCCCAGCGAGAGCAUCUCCCGCGAGCAGUUCACAAUGUCCAUGUCCCACUUGUUGAAGGGAAACUCUGAGGAGAAGAGUCUUAUGAUCCUGAAAAUGAUUUCUGCCACAGAAGGUCCUGUGAAAGCAAGAGAAAUCCAGAAGUUUACAGAGGAUCUGGUUGGCUCUGUGGUGCAUGUGCUCAACUACAGACAGGAACUGAGAGGCUGGACCCAGAAGACAGGCCUGGGUCCCCCACCCAGGGUGCAAGUGCUAGCUGCCCAGCUCUUCUCCGAGAUGGACCUUCGAGGCAAAAGCUUCCGAGGGCCUCAGCAGCUGGACUGUGAGUGUGACCUAGCCAUGGUCGAGGCCUGGGUGUUCAGGGUCCCCCAUGUAGCCACGUUUCUGAGUGUGGUCAUCCACAGAGGCUUUCUCCUGCGCUUGCCCCUCGAUCUGGCCACGCUGGUCCCUGAGCGUCACAUUGACCAGGAGAGGGUGUUUGAGAGUGUCCUGGACAUCCUGUCGGUCAUCUAUAUCAACUCCCACCUGCCCAGGGAGCAGCGGCACCGCUGGCGUCUGCUCUUCUCGUCCAAGCUCCACGGGCACAGCUUCACCCAGCUCUGUGGGCACAUCACCCAGCAGGGCCCGUGCGUCGUGCUGGUUGAGGACCAUGAUGGUCAUGUGUUUGGUGGGUUUGCAUCCUGUUCCUGGGAGGUCAAGCCUCAGUUUCAAGGCGAUGACACUUGCUUCCUGUUCUCCAUCUCCCCCCGCAUGGCCGUGUACACGUCCACGGGUUACAACGACCACUACAUGUACCUGAAUCACAGGCAGCAGACCAUCCCGAACGGACUGGGCAUGGGAGGCCAGCAUAAUUACUUUGGGCUGUGGAUCGAUGUGGAUUUCGGGAAAGGACACAGCAAGGCCAAGCCCAAGUGUACCACGUACAGUAGCCCUCAGCUGUCAGCCCAGGAGAACUUCAGGUUUGAGAAGAUGGAGGUGUGGGGAGUGGGGGACGCCCCGGUGUUGCAGCAGGCCAAGAGCAGCAGGAGUGUCCUGGACAAGAAUCCUGAGGCCCAGAUCCUGUUGGAGGCCAGUGGGCGGAGUCGCCACAGCGAAGGGCUCCGGGACGUCCCGGAUGGUGAAUGAGGAGGUCCCCCUGAGCUUGGGCCUCCCGAGAGCUGGCCCCUGGCCCCCUGGAUGGAGCGCAGCCCGCGGACCCCUCCCCAUCUCACGUGUUCAACAUAGGACUAUACUGGUCACAUCCAGGUGGUUCUGGAUGUGCUGCAUUGGAACACAGUAAAAUUGCUUUGAUGCUGUAUGUGGAUUUGUGGGCGCAUCUCCCAGAAAUCCUGAGUGUCAGCAACUUCAUCCUUGUAUUCUGUUCGUUUCUCGUCAGUGAAAUCCGAAGACAUGGAUGCUUGAGACUUCUGCUGGAGCUAGCGUCUGAUGGGCAAGCGCAUUCCUGCCACGCAGGAGAGGGCUCUGCUGGGGGGGCGGGUCACCUGGCCCCCCCUCAAGCCACUGCAGUUAAAAAAAGUGCCUCGAUGUCCCGUUCCAGCUGGUAAAGGGCAGAGGCACUGGGAUGUGAGUCUCUGUGCUUUUGGGAGCAGCUUCCUAUGACGUGGCAUUUCUAGGUUUAUAUAAAAGCCUAAACUGUAUUAAUAGGAGGAAUAGCUGAAGGCUUUGGAGAGAACAGGUGUCCCGGUGGCGGGGGGUCCUCUAUAGGUGUUUGUAAUUAGGUUCCACAUUUGCCUUUCUCAGCUGCUUUGAAAUGAGUCCGUGCCAUGAUCUACAGAGGCUCCAGGUGGUUCUGUUGUUAAUUUAAAUGUGGGUAAAUCGGAAGCCUUGAUACGUCCUGUGGUGUGGAUUAGUGGUGAGUAAUUUGACAGUACUGGCCUGGGUUCCUGACCCUGGUGCCACCUCCUCAGUGUCGCCCUCUGGCCAGGUGGCUUCCCAUAGUGCUGAGGGGUGAUUUGACAGCAGAGACUCCCUUUAAACCAACUCGAGUGAUCUGAACGUGCAGACGAUGACCUGGGUGGGUGUUCAAGGCUGGGCCGGAAGAAGCUAACCCCUCCAUGAGAAGUCCCUCCUUCGCAGUUGCAGCUGUGGGUUCGUCUCUAAGACGUACACCUCCCUUCUGGGGUCUUUCGCUAUAAACUUUGACAGAUCUGAGGACAAUGCAGCCUUUUAUUAUAGAACUUGCCUGAUCACGAGCCAUAGUAAACCUAGCUGCUUGCAUCUUGCAGGUACUGUAUUUUCUCCCAGGAAGCUCCUCAAACUUGGCCCUUAGCGGCAUCCUGAGCAGAAGGCCUUGCAAUUAGCUUUCAAAAGAAAAGUGUGUCCAAUCACCCCUCAGCGUUUGCUCAUGGGCACACUCUCUGCCUCGUGCUGGUUCCCAUCAGAGGGCAGUGGACCAGUGGGCACCUGUUGCCCCAGAUGGCACGCUCACACACACAAUGGCGGGGGCCCAGCCCAGGUGCACGAGAAACCAGGGAUGCAGCCCUCUCGGAGGGCUUCUCAGCACACAAAUCUGUGGAGGGUGUCACCGCAGCCGGGGCCACUGGACCUGGCCAGCCUCCCUCCCCCUGGGCCUGGGACACAUGCGGUGCUGGUUUUAACAGUAAGGAGUUUGUUACUUGAUGCAACAAAAGAGAAUUCAGGGCCAAUGGUUUCCUUGUGAGUGAAGACCAGUGAGGGCUCCAGAAGGUGCUGGAAGGAAGAGGUGAAAGGAUGGGGUCCAUGGGGCAAACGUUGCUAUUGUUACUUUUCCUCCUGCCAUGUUUUCUUUAUUAAAACAUGGUAUAUAGUAAAAAAAAAAAAAAAAAAA